AGGAGCACGGGGGGGAUGGGGGCCGGGGCGGAGCCGAGGGAGGAGGAGCCCCUCGAGGCGGAGGAGGGGGCUGGCGGCAAGGAGGAGAAGGCGGCGGUGUCCUGCUCGAUCUGCCUCGACGCGGUCGUUGCCGCCAGCGCGGAGAGGUCCACGGCGAGGCUGCAGUGCGGCCACGAGUUCCACCUCGAUUGCAUUGGAUCGGCAUUCAAUGCCAAAGGAGUUAUGCAAUGCCCGAACUGCCGCAAAAUUGAGAAAGGGAAUUGGCUGUAUGCAAAUGGUUCCCGCCCCUCACAUGAUAUUAACAUGGAUGAGUGGGCUCAUGAAGAGGACCUUUAUGAUGUUAGUUACUCUGAGAUGCCAUUUCGUUUUCAUUGGUGUCCAUUUGGUCGCUUAGCACAGCUUCCAUCAUUCUUUGAGGAAGGAGAAUCACCACCCCCAGUUACUUUUCAUGACUUUAUGGGACAGCAUGUGUUUCCAGAGAAUCUAUCUGUAUCUGCUGCACCAGGGACACAUCCUUGCCCAUAUGUGGCAUACUUGCAUCCUCUUCCAUCGCUGGCAUCAUCAUCAAGCUCCCAUGUCCCUGAGAGAACUAUGGAUGGUUCCGCUUAUCAUGAUCACUGGAAUCACCUGGCUGGCCCAUCAGAUGGUAGGCCCUUGCAAACGGUGCAACCCACUGAUUUCCAUCAUAACCAUUGGGCGCAUCUGCCCCAUUCCUAUGUGCAAUCCAACAGCAAUAACGGGGUGACGGAGCAGCCAGGGGUCCCUUUUGGAUCAAUGAGGGCUGCAAGGGUGGAUGGUGAUAGCCAACGUCGAGGAUCUGUUGUUUCUCCAUCGUACUUCAGUAAUGGAUCUGGCUCUAGAUCUAGAGCUCCUAAUGUUCCUCCUCUGGUACCUCAGUUCAUGAGGGCACAUGGCAACAUCAACGAACAGUACACUCAGAGUUCAUCAUCCAGCCUUUUUGCUGGAGCUCAUAGAUCAGGUGGCAUGCGACCUGCCCCUCCUCCACCUCAACCGGAGAACCCAACAUUUUGCCUGUUCCCACCGGGUUCAUCUGGCCAUAGUUCAAUGGAUACCGAUGAAGCUGGAGGAAGCCGAUUCUAUGCCUGGGAGCGCGAUCGCUUCGCGCCGUACCCAUUGAUGCCGGUCGACUGCGAGACGAGCUGGUGGAGCUCACAGCAGUCCCACGGCGCAUCAGAAUCCACACCCGCACCCGCGCCAAGGAGACUCUUUGGGCAGUGGAUCGGCCUCGGCAGGUCGUCGCCAGAGAAUAGAUCGCCCGAGGGCUCAUCGUAUCGACAAAUGCACUCUCCUCGGAUGUAGCCAGCCCCCUGCGGAGGCAACCUAAGUUAAAACUUCACAUUUGGAACCUGAGUUGCUUGUAAGAAAAGAUGGGGGAAACCCCAUCUGUAAGGAAUUAAACCGGGUUUGCGCGCUGAACUUCCGGAGAAUUCUGCGAGGGAGAAACAGGAAAUAACCCGGAGGGAAAACGUUUUGGUUUGGUUUAUGUGAAUUCCGUCUCGUACAUAUUUGAAAAUCAAACUGGGAUAUUCGAAGUUUCGCCC